ACACCAGUAUUGUACUGCGGCUGUGCUCAGAAACACGUUCUGGACGUUAGCGUUCUUUGUUUUCAUUUAUUGAUUAUUUUUGGGUGUGCGUGACAUUUUUUUCAAUAUUUUAAAACGUCAUAAUGUGCUCAAAUAUUGUUUAGCCUUUUAGUUGAGAAUUAGCAACGAAAAUUUUGGUCUCGGAGUUUAUUUUACUGAAAUGGGGAAUUCUAAGUCAAAGAAAGCUCAAAAGGAACCAGAUAGAUUUUUCGAGCGAGAAAGGUGGAAGGAACAACAGCGCGGAGAGAAAAGAAAGAAGCAUGCAAAUUGGGCGAACAGGCGGGUUGCUGCUAAAGAGCCACCGUUGAUGCCAGUAAUACCUGGUCCGUCACCGAUGCCAGGACCAUCAGCGCCACCACCACCUCAGAUCAGGUCCUAUGACGAGGAUGCCAUAGAUCGAAUGAGACGUCAAUUGAAUAAUGACUCUGAUGCCUUCCUUCUCAACAACAUUUUGCUAUCCGUGCAGUUUUUUGAAAAUUACGAAAGUGAAACGCAAAACAUUAAAAAUAAUCCCAUGAGCGAACGUGAGCAUUCAAUCAACGAGGCUAUGGUGCGCCGGAACAAGCACGUAUUUUUUGCUGACCGCUUGCAAGAAUGUGUACAUGAGCAUAUUUGCUAUCAAAGAAAGAAAGGCCAUCCCGCGGAACCACUUGUUGCGCCUAAGCUGUUUGUGAUAUAUGAUAACGUAGAAGCUAGCGAGCCAGGCGAUACCUCUGAUUAUAGCGCUGUCCUUGACGCUCCAUUUUAUAAAUUACGUAUAGAAGAUUGUAAAGAGCCAGGUUACGUGAAAUUGAAAAAAUUGGAGGUUUUAGAAAGCACUUUACACAAAGAAGUUGAAAAUCCGAUUGAGGAGCAUAAUAUGGAUGAUAGUAUUUACACAGAUUCAGAAAAAGAGUCGUUCGAAUCAGACGAUUCUCAUUACGUUUACAAAGGAGAAGAUCUGUUACGUAAAAUUCAAUCAAAGUUGCAAAUUCCCGAACAGAUUUCUUCGUCAAAAACAGUAGAAUUAAAUACGAUCGAAAUUGUAGAUGGUAGGAGACCUAGUGGACCUAUAAAACAAGUUAGUCUACAAGCUAUAAAAGGAGAUAUCUCUAACAUCAAUGAGCUACGUCAGAUCCUGUGUACUAAUGUACCACCUUUAACUGAAGAACAGAAUUUGGAUGACAUUAAUAAUAAUGAUGCACCUAAAAUGAAUGCGAAUACUGACGUACAAAACCGAUCCAGAAAAUCAAUCUUAAAAAAUUCUACAAGACUUAGCAGCGUUAAUCCAGUAAAUAAACAACAAAAUAAUUUAAAAAUUGCCAAUGAAAUAGGAGAUGACACCGAAACUUCUGGUUAUAGAUCAAAUUCAAGUAGCAGACAGAAUGAAUUCAGUGAAACAGAAUCUGACUACGGAUAUUCAACUAUAACAGAGGCUGCGACUCCUAAAAAAGUUGAACUUAAAAUGCAGUCCAAUUAUGCGUUAGCUUCUGGAGUUUUACCGGAAGAGUCUUGGACGGCGGUAGAGAUAAGAGCUUUAGAUAAUUGGAGCGACGAAGAUGAUGAGGAAGAAGUCGACACUGCUUCUAGUUCUUCAUUGCCUAAAACUUUGUACGAGAGAUAUUACUAUUUGAAUUCUGUGGGGUUUAUGAAUAAUUUUGUAGACAACUUUAUUAUUAACUUAGGUUCUGGACUUGGCCUGACCCAUGAUGCUGUGAGCAAUGCUUUGACACAAGGUGCUAGCAUUUACUGUGACUCCAUAAGAAUCGGCUUAAAUAUAGGAUAUGAAAUCUUUCCUGCCUUAAUUGCUGCAUGGCCAAAUACAGCUUGUCCGUGGAUAAUUCGCUUACGUAGAGCUAUACAAAAUCCUAGGACGAACUUUAGCUAUCAAUGGCCAACAAGGUAUAUGGUUAAUAAAGCUACAGGAUUUGGAUGUUUAUUGGUACCUGUUGGAUUCAGAUCUAAACGGGGCUCAAACCCAGAACAGACUUUACAAUGGAGGAUCCUCUUCCCGGCUGCUGAGCGCUACUUAGAAAGUUGUUUGGCGCAUUCUCACAUACGCUGCUACUUGUUUACUUUACUCUUACACAAAUCUUUCAUGGAAAAUGAAACUUCUAAGAUUGGAAUCGACGCCAGUCAUAUAAAAAACCAUUUAUUUUGGCAGUGUGAAGAUAAUUACGCCAAAUGGCCCGAAGACAGAUUAGGAGAAUCAUUAAGAUUAUUUCUCCGGAGUUUUUAUAUUCAUUUUGGACAGUCUAGAUUUCCGAAUUAUUUUAUCGAAAGCUGUAAUGAUUUUAAAAGUAUUCCGAAACCGUUACUGCUAAAACUCCAAAGACGAUUAGCUGAUAUAUUGGAGGCCCCGGUGAUGCAUAUGCUUUCGGCAUUGAGUAAAUUGAAGUAUAUGAAUCAGGAUUUUUAUCCAGAAUUUGACUGUCAUAGACUUUAUCAAAUUUUGACAUGUAAAAAUCCUUUACAUUUAAUAAACCCACAUAUCCCUACUACUGUUAAUAACUAUACUGAGAGUUCUGAUAGUGAAGGAGAUACGGGAGCCAAUUUCUGGGACAAUGCUAAAUCUAGAGACAAACAUUAUCAGUGGAAAAAAGAGAGACAAAAACAAAUACAAGAAAGAAGAAAGGCGCAUAUUAAUAACAAAAGGAGCAAGCUUAAUGCUGGCCAGAACGAAAUUAAAACUAAUAUCAUUUUACCAGCGAAAAUGGAAACGGAGCGCAAACGUCUAGUUCUAGAGUUUUUUAUUCCUCACUUUAUUGCCAUGGCAAGAUCCAGUGAAAAAUUUGAAGCUGUAAAACAAUCAAUUAUAUAUUUAGAACAAGCUCAGAGACUUUGCAUGCUUCUGUUAGAGGAACCAGCUGGUGAUGCGACUGCAAAUGAAUAUUUAGACAUCAUUAGAGAUAAGCUAUCUGACUGUCAACGGAAACUUGCGGUGCAAGGUCGUUACAUAUUACCUCAUCGAAAAGAAAACAAAAUGGAUCGAAGCUAUAAUAAGCCUAUACGAAAACAUCGUCCUAAAUUUGAACAAAUUGUUAGUCAAGAUUCUCCUGUUGAAAAUCAUGGUAUUUCAGCGUUCACGUUCGCAGAUAUACACGAUGAUGUUACUUCGAGCAUUGAAACCAAGCCCAAUAUCAGGAUAAAUGAUAUUACCACAGCUGAGGAAUCAAGAUUAUAGUUUUCGUUAUUUCAUAAGUAGAGUACCAAUUACAGAAAAUUAUUACUUUCAAUAAAAUUAAAUGUAUGUUAAUUUGGAAUCUCGUCUUAUAAUGAAAUGUAAAUAUUGCAGUAAAGUAGCUCUUUGUUCGUAUUGAUAAAACUAUUUGAGAAUUAGCACCUAAUAAAGACUUAAAUUUGUUUAUUAAAAAUAUUGUUAAAAUUACAAUAGUUUAGUUGCUAGGCACUCAUAAUAUUAUGUUAAUUUUAUUUUUAAAACAUAUUUCGUCUUUCUCUAAGAUAUUCUUGGAAAAUUUAAUUUCUAAUAAUUUUCUUUAAACGCUACUUUUAGUUAAGAUUAGAAAGAAUAAGAUGAAAGUGAUAUAUUUAUUCGACGUGUAUCUUUCUGAAAAUGGGGCAUUACAACAACAACUCUGUCUUAAGAGUUGUUCAGAAAUGAUAUUUUUGUUUUUAAUUUCCCGUUUAUGGAUCAGUAUAUUUUUCUGAAUAAAGUUUAAAUAGAUAGAAUACAAAGGUCGUUAAUACAAUAGAGUUCAGAUCAAUUGAGUUUUGAUCUCAUGUCUCAAGACGCUUUAACUUUGUAAGAAAAUACUCAAAACCAGGCUAGAUGAGCUCUGUUGUUGAUCUACUUAAAGAACUGGUUCUUGAAAUUGUAUGGAUUCUCUUAUGUUUUCCACUCAAAAAGUA